AUGACUAAGGGUAGAUUCAGUCAGCCGUACUUUGGCUUGAAAGGAGGAUGGUUGACCUUCUGGGUAACCGUUGCUUGUGCAACGGAUAUGAUGCUGUUCGGUUAUGAUCAGGGUGUUUUUGGAGGCGUCAUCGUGACAAAAGACUUUCUUGAUGUACUGCAUCUUCACAACAACGCGAGUCUUAUAGGAACAAUUACGGCUAUCUACGAUGUCGGCUGUCUACUCGGAGCCAUAGCAGCCAUGUAUGUCGGAGAAAAAUGGGGUCGCAAAAAGACGAUCUUACUUGGAACGACGAUCAUGGCCAUCGGGGCUGUUCUACAGACUGCAGCCUAUGGUGUGCCUCAAAUGAUCGUCGGUCGAGUAGUCGCCGGCAUAGGAAACGGCAUUAACACGGCCACAGCUCCCGUAUGGCAGGGCGAAACUUCACAGAUUAAAUGGAGAGGCAAGCUCGUAAUCAUCGAAAUGAUUCUCAACGUGGCUGGCUAUUCGCUUUCGAACUGGAUGACGUUCGGAUUCUCCUUUGUGCCUGGACCGGCUUCAUGGCGGUUCCCACUUGCUUUCCAAUUUGUCUUCAUUUUCGUCCUCUAUGCCACCGUCCCAUGGCUUCCAGAGUCGCCUCGUUGGUUGAUUGGACACGAUAAAACGGAGAAUGCACAACAGAUCAUCGCCGAUCUGGAGAAUAAAGAUGUCCACGAUCCCCAUGUCAUCGCAGCUUAUACCGAGAUCAUCACCGCGGUACAAUAUGAACGCGAACACGCCAUCUCCUGGGGACAGCUCCUACGCGGCCAGACCGGGGACCAGGGUGGUACCUGCGUGAUUCGUCGUCUAAUACUGGGAGCCGGGGCACAGGCCAUGCAACAGCUGGCUGGUAUCAACGUCACCUCAUACUACCUGCCCACUGUUUUGAUGGAAUCUGUCAAACUAUCCGAGACACUAUCGCGACUGCUUGCAGCCUGCAAUUCAGUCUCAUACCUAAUUGCCAGCACGCUAGCCAUUCCCAAGAUCGACGGCUGGGGUCGACGCAAACUCAUGAUCUGGUGCGCCUUAGGCCAGGGAGUCUGCUACCUAAUGAUCACAGUCCUACUCCGAUUCAGCGAGAAACCAGACUACCCCCACCAGACUCAAGUAGCAGCUGCAGCAGUCGCCUUCUUCUUCUGCUACUACCUGUUCUUUGGCUGCAGUUACCAGGGUAUCGGAUGGCUUCUCCCAGUGGAACUCAACUCACUUAGCAUGCGGACGAAGGGAGCCGCGCUCGGUACAGCGACAAACUGGGCGAUGAAUUUCAUGGUGGUUGAGGUUACUCCAGUCGGUAUUCAAAAUUUGGGAUGGAAGUUUUAUAUUAUCUGGACUGUGUUCAACUUUUCUUUCAUUCCCGUUGUUUACUUCUUCUACCCUGAGACUGCCAAUCGUGCGCUGGAAGAUAUCGAUGUUUUCUUCCGUGAGAAUCAUAGUAUCUUCGUCAAUGGGAACCCGGAGGCUAUCAGCGUUGCACGACCGGCACGGUAUAUUGAGAUGGAGCAGGCUCUUACAGAUCAGAGUACGUCCAUUUCAAAGGCGAAGCAGAUGCUAAGUCAGGAUGAGGGACAGAUUGAGUAUCAUGAGACUGUUUAG